AUGCAGUCCGAGUUCGCUCAACUAGCUAAGCCAUAUCCAAACCGCGCAUUCGCUGCAGGCUUGGCCAUAUCAAAGAAAAGCUGCGGCGAUGGCUGGAAGCCUGAUUGGGACGGUGUCUUCCCGCUGAAGGUAUUCCGAGGGGCGGAAUAUCGUGCUGUGAGGGUUCCCGCUCACUGGGACGAUGAGUCGCUUCUGCGAGAGUUACGGAAGACCUAUGACGGGCUACGCAAGGUCUGGAGAAAAUGGUUUUCAUUGCGGAACGUCGGGUCGAUGACCAUAGUCUUGUUUCUCAGUAUCAUGCAGGAGGACCACUCUUUCAUAUACCCUCAACGAAUUGGGCCGGCCCGUGUGUCACCCGCCAAAAACAUGCGUCUCCGGUGGUUCCUGCACCAUCCUGAGUACAUGAAGGGACGGCAUGAAUUUAUGCAGGUUUUGACUGCCGACCCGGACCUCGGCAUCGAGUUCAUUGAGCGAUGGCAGCUCUCGCGCAUCGCGAUCGCAGUCUUGAUUCCCGUUUUUGCUUCCCUGGCGAUCGGGGUUGUUUAUAGCGGUGUCAUGGACGACCCCUCGACUGGAUUCACUAUUGCGGGCUACGUAACGUCCGCAUACUCCGUGUGUCUGGUGCUGGUAGGCCUUCUGAAUCUCGUCGACUUCUAG